AGAACUGCUUCUGGAUCUACUCAUUAUUGACUAGUGAGCGAGAUUUCAAAGGGAAACAUUAUUUGCAUAAUUAGCAUUACUGUUGAGUGGCAGUUGCAAAGAGACGAAGACGAAAAUGGGUGGUUUUGUUAAGCUAUUGGACUUGCUUCUUUUCAUCUACUUCUUCUUCAUGGCCAUUGUUGCACCACUCUUUGAUGGUCAAACUGCCCUUCCUAAACACAUAUUUCACCCUGUGUUGGUUGACCUAAAGAGCUGGUACACUCAAGAAUGUGGUGAUUAUUUGGUUUCUGAGAAACCCCAUUUCUUUGUUGGGUUAAUCUGGUUGGAGCUUCUCUUUGCUUGGCCCAUCUGCCUCCUUAGUCUUUAUGCCAUUGCAGCUGGAAAAUCUUGGAUUAAAACUACCUCCUUGCUAUAUGGUGUUUCCACUCUCACUUCAAUGGUGGCAAUACUAAGUGAAAUGAAGGGUUCCGAGAAAGCAUCAGACAAGUUGCUGAUGGUGUACUAUCCAUUUCUAGGAUUUGCUGUUUUAGCGAUUUUACGUGGUCUACUACCUCAUUCUAGCAAGAGUGUUAGCAUUGGAAAAGGAUCCACGAUAAGCAGAAAGAAGAGGGCUUAAUCUUUCAACGAAUUGAAGAGUUUGUAUUUCUUUUGGCAUUGAUCUUUCAAUUUCGACUCCAGAAACCAUAUCAAUUUUGGCUCUUUUUGAGUUUCCCUAGCUGAUAUAAAGUUAUGAUGCUUGUGUUGUGUAUGAA